UCGAACUUUCAGAGGCACGAGUCCUUCACAAAUAAUGGUUGAUUCACCCUUCAUCAACAGGACGCAAUAGAGAUGAGCGGGAAAAUGGAGAUAUGGGGCAUGUGCCCCACAGUGCCAAUGAACAGCCAACUGACCAAUCAACACAUGCCACUGAAGACGUACCAAUGCAAGAUGAGCAAACAGCUCACAAUCAUGCAAUAGAUGAUUUCCUGACAGCCCUGAAAGAUGGCUGGAACAGGGAGAGUGAACAGCCAACGGAGUUCCAGCGCUUCGGAAUGUGUUCGCAACAUGAUGCAAUACCAGAUUUCCAGGUUUCUGCUUUAACACGCCUAGCUGAGAGUGCACACCAACAAAGUAAUGGACUUAAAGUUGUACAUGCUUCAAAAGUAGAUAUUUGGGAUGCUGAGAAAGAGGGAGAGAUUACUUUGGCCCUCACAUUCCCAAGGCAAGCCCAGCCAACCAACCUGGCCUCCUUGAUGCUCCUGUUCAGUGUGGAUUCCAUCAAGGGAGAUGGUUUGAGAAUGACAUUCAGCAGUCAUUCUAUUCAUCCAUAUAAACAGACGAUUUGCAUUUCCAAGAGCAUGAAUUUUCUUUUCCUUACUGGUGGACAGAGAGAGCAUAAUACUCACAGUCACCUUAAACUGAGACUUGCAGUUGAGACACUGAAGACUGAAAACAGUCAGAAACCCAGUCUAUCUGAGCUUCAGGAAGUCCUAAUGAGAAAAGUGGAUGGCAACAACAUUACAAUGAGGCCGAUGUUACUUUUCCUCUCUGACCGUGGAAAUAGUGAUGAGCAUAGGACACCUCAUUUAAAAUUCCAUGGAGUUCCUCUGGAUCAUAGACCUUCACCUGGCCCUCUUCCCCCAUCCAGAACUUUUGUUUUCCUGUGCGAGCUGAAGAAGCUCUUCGAUGACAUCCAGCCAGAGAAAGAGGCGCCAACACCUCAAGAAGAUGCGAGCACUGUCUCUUUGGAUGCACUGGAUUCCCUUCCACCCCUCACCCUAGGAGUGUCAUCCUCCGAGUCCCUCCUUUCGGGACUGGUUAAUUCCUCUACUCCAACUGCAUUUGUCUUCCCCCAAAGGCAGCAAAGCCUGCAGACUCACCGAGUGGAGCUGACACUGGAGUCUCCUCUACUUUCUGUGCUCAGACAACGGCUGGAUGAAGCCAUUGCUCAGGUGAAAAAGGAGGCAGGGCAAAUGGUAAUUGACAGGCUUCAGAAGCUGUGUGAGCUUAGUGCCCUUCCCCCAGAUGGAGAUGAUGAUAAAGCAAUCAGUCAAGACUAUAAAGAGGCACAAUACCGGGCUGUUUUGCUGCUGAAGGCUUUGCAGACAGUGCUCCGUACCUUGGAGGUGGAACGGGCCCAGAGAACAGCCAGAGCAGAUGAGGACGGCCCAACAAUGCCCAGUCAGUGUCGACUUCAGAGCUUGACCGUUUCUUUGAGGAAGUACUAUUUUGAGCCCUCAAUGGCAAACAUUAACAACUGCGUUGGAGCCUGCGUCUUCCCAGUGGACAAUGGCAUCAACCACGCCAUCCUCCUGAACCACCAUAUCGAGAGCGGCCAGUUUGUCACUCGUUCUCCCUGCUGUGUGCCAGUGGACUAUAUUGACCUGCAUGUGAUUGAGCUGGAGAGCGUGGGCACCCAGAUCGCCCAGAAGCGGAAUGUGGUGGCGACCAUGUGUGGGUGUCGCUGAUGGCCUCCUUUGAUCUAAGAAAUGCA